AUGGCCAUUAAAGACCAUGACUUGAGCAAUUUGAAAGCAAGUAACGGCGAUUUGCUGCAAGAAAUAGGUCCUAUGAAGUCCUCACGUCCGGACCUUCCUAUCGAAGAGCUUCGUAAGCGCUACGAGGAAGAUGGUUACCUAUGGAUGAAAGGCAUACUAGAUCGAGAAAAGGUUCUAGACAUGCGAGAGCAAUACUUCAAGUUCAUGACCGAAAAUGGGGAUUCCGGGAUCCUCAAAAAGGGAACGAACCCACGGGACGGUAUCUUUUCGGGCAACGACUGGAGGCAAUUUUUGCUACCUGGUGCGCUCCGCGUUGCCAAUGGGCUGAAAGACGAGGGGAUCUUCGUCGAGAAAACCAUCAAAGCACAUGUCACAGAUUUCUAUCUCGAGUUCAAGGCCAAGGUGGCGGAACCACUGGAAGGCUUUGUUGGAAAACUUGCCCAGUUCCAAGAUCCCAUGUUGUUGAAACGAACGUUGCUGAGAUGUAAUGUUCCCGGAGCAGAGACUACGCCUGUUCAUUAUGAUCAGAUAUUUCUACGGGCAGGACCGGCUACGUCAGUCACGGCAUGGAUACCGCUCGGUGACUGUUCUUUGGCGGGUGGAGGGUUGAUGUAUCUUGAGAAGUCGGUUGAUAUUGGGAAGAAGUUCGAGGCAGACUUUUCUGAGAAGAGCCGGGAUCUUACGGAUGAAGAGCGUCUCUCUGCUUUUAAUAAGAAUAUGAUGGCUGGUGGUUUCUUGGAUCGGAAUGCGGCUACAUUUGGUAAGUUUUGGGGCCGUCGUUGGCUUGUAGCGCCGUACGAGGCUGGCGAUGUGGUCUUUCACAAUCCUUUUAUGAUCCAUGCGAGUGCCCGGAAUGAGAGCCCAGAGCAAGCUAUUCGGCUCGCGACGGAUUUGAGAUUUGUUGACAAGGCUGGGCCAUUUGAUGAGAGAUGGCUUUACGAGGCUUACCAGGAGGCCGAUCCGAAUGUUGCUAGUCGGCAAUCUCUAGGCUCUGAGAGGAAAGUAAAUAUGUGA